AUGACAUCCCGACUGGCAGCCUGUGAGGUCUGCCGGAAGGCAAAACUUGCCUGCGAUCACAAGUGGCCGACCUGCACUCGUUGCGAGAACAGCAACAAAACAGGCAUUUGUAUCUACCGAGUCGCCCCGUUCAAAAGGAAAAGACCGGCCAACCCUUCAUCUCCAGAAGUGUCCAAAAGAGUCCAUUUGUCCGGGAUUUCAUCGUCUUCCUUCAACUCUAGACCCAGCGUAUAUCCAAAUCCCGGGUAUUUGGGGUCCUCUAGUCACGCCACAAUCUUCGAACACAUCUCUUUAGAUGAAAGCGCUCCUACAGGGGAACCGCGCCCUUCUGAUCUGGCCCUGUCGGGACCACCAUGUCCCCAGCUAGCCGAUGACGGCUGUCUGCUUCGAGGAGCCGACAUUCUCAGGCAGCUUUUAAAUUCAUUUCCCUUGACGACCAUGAACGACCUCGUCAUGUUUUGGCUUGCAAAAGGAGCGAACCUAGCCCUUGCCGAACCAUUCACGAAAAACUGGCACUUGGCUUUCGCGAGCCGACUUCUCCGCAAUUCAGCACAGCCCUUAGAGUUUGCCUCUGAUACAAGCCUUUCGGAUUUCAUGGCACAGUUCGUGGGUAACAACCUUCGAUGGGAGGCUCUAGGUAUCUUUUUUUCAGCCGUGAACCGAGCUACGUACGAUAUCCCGUUCUUUCCCCGGCUAUACAUGACACGAGAAGAGCAGUAUGCUCUCCGUCAGCUUUGUACAAGACUCAGUGACGCUUCAUUGAAGAUUUCUCUGUCCCUAGAUUGUCUCAAUGACCUACAACUUAUUUUACAAUACGAAAAUUUCAUCAUACAUUCUAACGUCGAUGGUGCUCAAAGUUAUCACCCGUGGCGCAAACUUGGCGAUGUCAUGUCUUCGAUGUUUGCCCUUGGAUAUCACGAGAACGUCGAGACUAAGACAGAUGCUCCUCCUUUUCUUAUGAAGUUGCGCAAAACAGCUUUUGCUAGGGUCUACUCUGCAGACAAGAAUAUUGCGAUCUUUCUUGGCCGACCACCACGCAUGAGCAAACGUUUUUGUCAUUUUCAAAUCCCCUCGAGCUUUCCUGAGUCACAUGGUAAUGAAGCCGAAUGGAAUCCGGAGGCAAAGCCUAGCUACACGGAAGAAACACGCUGGUCUGCUCUUUGCGCUUCCUUGAAGGAAGAAAUCCUUGAGCUAGCCCGAGACAAGCAGCAUGCAUGCGAACAGAAGCUUAGGCCGUUUGCUGACGGAAACAGUGCAAUACAGGAUAGAGCCGAGGCUCAGUGGCGAGCGCUUCCUCCUCAAUUCCGACUAGAGGGUAGCAUCAGACAAUAUAAUCAAAGGUCUCCAUUCGAACGGGAUUUUCUGAUUAGUGCGCGGCUGAACCAGUUACAUGUUCUCUUUCUGCUUCGUCUAUUGCUAUUGGACACUCUUGUUGAUCCCGACACGUCGAUAGUUAUCAUCGCCGGAGAGAUGCUUGCUCUGGUCGUUGAGAUUAUCUUAAUUCGCGACCAGCUUACGAACUCUGGCACCGGACUUAUUUGGAAGAUUGCGCACUAUGGCCUACCUGCUGCUGGUAUAGUCCUGCUUGCGAUGCUCAAACAGCGAACUUCACCACUACCGCUCGGUAAAUCGAGGACAAAGAUAUUACAAGACCUCAGCAUCUUUGUUGCAGAGAUUCAGAUAGGGGCAAUUGUAAUCGAGGCAGAUCCAAUCUACGGGCUGAUCACCAAGGCUACACAGACAAUCCAACGGUUUCUUGAAUCCUUUUAUUCCGAACCACUACACCCCGCACCAGAAACGACGACAGCGGAUGAUCAUCGGGUCGACGAUUGGGCAAGUGUAUUAGGGCAAGAUCUUUGGGAUUUCGAGUCUGGAUUCUGGCAAAACCUGGCAGAUCACCCUUCACUAAUGGCUUUUGACUCUGAUUUAACAGAGGCCUAG